AUGGCAUCUGCUGAAGUACCCGAAUGUUCUAUCUGUAGUGAGCAUUAUGAUCAUGAAAAUCGUUUUCCUCGUCUUCUCAGUUGCGGUCACACUUUCUGUUCCACCUGCCUAGAGAAGUUACUCAAGAAUAAUUAUAUUUCUUGUCCAGACUGCAGAAAAACAACCUCUGUUCCCACUGGUGUUGCAGGACUGACUAAAAAUUUUGCAUUAUCAAAAAUGGGUUGCACCACACCCCAAUACGUAGAAGGUUUGCAUAAUUGCGAAGCUUGUGAUGUCAAGCAUCCUGCAACCUCUUGGUGCCUGGACUGCGAUUAUGAUAUGUGCACGACUGCCACUCGCUUUCACACUCGUAGCAAAGCGAGUUGUGAUCACAAAGUUGUUUCCUUGGAGCAGUUGGCUGUGUCCGUUUCAUGCUCGAAACAUAACGAGCAAUUCCGCUUAUUCGAUGAAGAAUGCAAUCAUAUGGUCUGUAGAAGUUGUGUUACUCUGAUGCAUAGGAACCACAGCCUUCUAUCUUUAGCUGAAGUUGGUUCAAAGUAUAAACAGGAGAUGGAAGCACUUGCAGCUCAAGCCAGCGCUCGAGCAGAGGUGAUUAAAGAUGCAGAAAAUCGAGUGAUGAAUGCGAGUAGUGACAUGGAAAAAGCUUACGAAGAACAGCGUGCUAAAAUUCAAAACAUAUUUAAAAAAGUAAGUUUGUCUUUGUUUCAUGUGAACGUUUUAUUAUUUCUUUUAAUAUGAUAUCAAUCCGUCAAUUAGAUUACGCUCAGUUGAUAUGGUGGAUCUUAACUCAAGCGUUAAGAGUCAAAAGCAGCACAAAGUCUCCACUCCUUGACCCAACUAAUUUACUUGAUAUUCAUCUGCAUAAUUGUUGAUCGUUUCUUAGUCACUCUAGUAUUAACUAUCAACUAUUAACUAUCUCAAUUGCCAGCACCGUUAACUACCGCUUAUAAGCGGAAUUACCAGCUGUAAUACCCAUGGUCCAUCUAACUGCAAUAAAAAGUACAUCCAAUAAUAAGAAAGCCCCCCCCCCCUUCUGGAAAUAAGCCUCCCUCUAGCUGACUUUGAAGUGAAUUCGACUAUAAAUAUAAUGGCGUUUUGAAGCUUAAUUAAAAACCAGUAAAAUGCAAAGAGUAUUUUGAUCUUCAUUGCUAGAGCCUGUUUGCUCCCUCGGAUAUAAGCCCCUCAGUUAAUAAGCCCUCCUAUAGCCCCUUACAAAGAUGUAUAAGGCCAGGGCUUAUAAGCGACAGUUUACAACAUAUUUCCGGUUAUAAGCCUCCCUCGGAUACAAGCCCCUACGUUAAUAAGCCCUCCCAAAACCCCUUACGAAGAUGUAUAAACCCAGGGCUUAUAAGCGGCAGUUUACAGCAUAUUUCAGGUUGUAAGCCCCCCUCGGAUAUAAGCCCCUCCGUUAAUAAGCCCUCCUAAAACCCCUUACGGAGAUGUAUAAGCCCAAAGCUUAUAAGCGGCAGUUUACAGCAUAUGUCCGGUUAUAAGCCCCCCUCGGAUAAAGCCCCUCCGUUAAUAAGCCCUCCUAAAACCCCUUACAAAGAUGUAUAAGCCCAGGGCUUAUAAGCGGUAGUUUACAGCAUAUUUCAGGUUAUAAGCCCCCCUCGGAUAUAAGCCCCUCCGUUAAUAAGACCUCCCAAAACCCUUACGAAGAUGUAUAAGCCCAGGGCUUAUAAGCGGCAGUUUACAGCAUAUUUCCGGUUAUAAGCCUCCCUCGGAUAUAAGUCCCUCCGUUAAUAAGCCCUCCUAAAACCCCUUACGAAGAUGUAUAAGCCCAUGGCUUAUAAGCAGCAGUUUACAGCAUAUUUCCGGUUAUAAGCCCCCCUCGGAUAUAAGCCCUUCCCUUAAUAAGCCCUCCUAAAACCCCUUACGAAGAUGUAUAAGCCCAGGGCUUAUAAGCGGCAGUUUACAGCAUAUUUCCGGUUAUAAGCCUCCCUCGGAUAUAAGCCCCUCCGGUAAUAAGCCUUCCUAAAACCCCUUACGAAGAUGGUCGAACAGGUCCACCUUUUUUUUUGUCUUUUUAUUUAUUCCUUGUAUUUGAUUUGUUAUAGUUUCAUGACGCAAUAACGACCAGAGAACAAGAUUUGAUGAAUGAGCUGGAAAAGCUACAUAGCAAAAAGGUAGCCAUACUCACAGAUCAACGAGCCCUCUUGGCUAACUGUCAAGACUGUAUAAAAGCUACCGUCCAAAGCGUUUUAUCGACGAUCCAAUCCUCUGAUAAUGCUAAUAUCCUUUACGUCAAAUCGGCUAUACAGUCUACACUCAAAGCCGCCACCGAAAACCAAUAUCUAGUUCUUGAGCCAAAAGCCCAGUUUGCACCAGAGUUUAAAAGCUGUGACGAAACGAGAUUACAGCGAGUGGUAGAUGCACUCAAUAAUGUGGGUGUGGUCAUGGACAAGUCUACCUGUGCAGAAACAACCACUGCUGCUGGUUCGGGUCUUGAACGCGCAAAUCCGGGGGAGGUAGCGUCUUUCAACAUCACUGCUCGUGAUGCUCAAAGGCUCCUGCGCACCGUAGGUGGCGACACUUUUGCAGUGGAGCUUAAAAACGAAUCUGACAAAUCAGAAGAUAAAGUUACCGCUGAAGUUAUGGACAAAGGACAUGGAAAUUAUUUGGUAACUUACACUAUCCCUAGAAGUGCUAAGCGGGUUGAUUACACAUUGAGCGUCCGCUUACGAGGUGCUCACAUUCAAGGCAGUCCUUUCACUGUACACAUGGCAUCAUCACUACGCCGCAAGACUUACGAAAUGUUGUCCGAUGUAGCCAGUAAAAUAACUCAACGUUAG